GAAAUACAAAAUUCAUUUCCCAUUUCAUUUUGUGUUGUGUAUUUGUGUGAUGUACAAAUUGUGUGAAUUUAGCUUUUUUUUAUCUCAUUAUUUCGGGCCGAAAAAUGGAAUUUUUGGUAUUUGUCAGAUGAAGAAAAUUAAAACAACAUCAAUACACAUAAUAUGCUGCUACUGGAUUCUUUUGGAGUUAAAGUUGAAGAUUUUUUUUUCAUCAUCAUUUCCAUGCCGUUGUUGUUACUUGAUUGUUGGCUUGUUUGUCGUCGUUUACUUUAAAUGAUCCAAAACAAGAAAAAAAAACAACAGACAUCAUCAAAAUUGCAUAACAAGAUCAGAGACACUUUUUUCUUUUCUGGUUCAAAACACACAUAUAUUCUGGAAACAUAUCGAUAAUGGCCGAACGAAAAAAUUCGUUAGGAAUGAAAAAUUUUUUCAACAUCAUCAAUAAUAAUAUGAGCUUAUUGGACAAUAAUAACAAUAACAAUUCAUUUGAUUAUAUGGAUGGAUUUAGUAUUGAAAAUUUUGAAAUUGGAUCAAAAAAUUUACAACUUUGUCUACUAAUAUUAUACAGUAUUACUGCUGCAUUGGCAUUGUUUGGUAAUAUUUUAUCUAUAUUCGUAUUGAUGAAAGGCAAACGUAGUUCACGUGAUCUACGAUUAUUUCUUGUCAAUCUUUCAUUAUCCGAUGUAUUGAUGGCCAUUUUUUCAAUACCAUUUACAUAUACACAUUUUAUAAUGGGUCGUUGGAUAUUUUAUCCACCACUUUGUCCAUUUAUACAAUCAAUACAAAUUGUUUCGGUUUUUGUUUCAAUCUACACACUAACAACGAUCGGUAUAGAUAGAUACAUUGCAAUUAUGAAACCGUUCAAUGUGAAUUUUUGGACAAAAUCAUUUGCACCAAUCAUUAUUGUCAUAUUAACAUGGCUAACCGGUGGCUGUUUAGGUUUAAUGAUAUGGUUCUAUUCAAAUGUUGAACCAUUUGUUAUUAAUAAUGUUACAUAUUAUGAUUGUCGUGAAGUAUGGUCUACCGAACAAGAUGAACAAAUCUAUACGGUUGGAUUAUUUUUAUCUGUAUUUGCAUUACCAUUAUUAUGUCUAAUAUUUUUCUAUGGAUCAAUAUGUUAUAAAUUAUGGUAUCAUUGUGCACCGGGUAAUGCAAAUGCUGCUCGUGAUAGUGCACAAUGUCAAGCUAAACGAAAGGUCAUUAAAAUGUUGAUAACAAUCGUUGGAUUAUUCGCCAUUUGUUGGCUACCAUCGCAUGUAUUUCAAUUGAUACGUGUUUUUAAUAAAGAUCUAUUAUUACGAUUUAUUGGUAAUGAUGCUUCGAGUCCAAAAUAUCUGACAAUCGUUAUAUCAUCACAUUGGUUAUCGAUGGCACAUUCAUUUGUUAAUCCAAUAAUUUAUUCAUUUAUGAGCGAUAAUUUCAAGGCAGAUGUUAAAUAUAUGGUCAAAAAAUUAAUGCUAAAUCAUGGCUGUUGUCAUCAUUUAAGUCAUCAACGUCAACGUAAUCAUCAUUAUCGUCGUGGUCGUCAUCGACAUCAUCAUGAUGAUGAUGAUUUUGAUAAUUUUAAUGAAAAUCAACUUCAUAUUCGUGUGGAUGAUCAAAUGGACACGAUUCCCGAUUAUGAUGUGGGCGAUGAUAAUGAUAACGAUGAAGACGAGGAUGAAGAAGAUGAGAAUAAUGGAAAUGGUACCAGGAGAAUUGAAAUGAUUGUACUAAAUACUCAAAAUCAUCAUCAAAAAAAUCGAAAAAAAAUCUAUUCAACAACCCCUAUUAAUUAGUGAUUGUAUGUAAAGAUUUAGCAUUAGAAUCAAACUUUAGAUUCAAAUUUAAUCAGCAGAUUAGACAACGAUGUGUGUGCUUGUGAUUAGUUUAGAAUCAUUACAAUUUUUUGGCCUACAAACAACUUGUAUGAUAUUUUAAAAGUCAACAACAUAAAUAGAAAAAAAAACUGGAAUCUCGGAACUAAAAAAAAAAAAAAAUC